CAUUGCAAACAGUAGGUUUCUGCCUGCCUUCCGGCCUGCAUGUGUUUUCGCCCCGCUACCGCUUUAAUACUGAAUAUUCGUUUUGAUCGCUUCGCGGAUUUUUAGCGCUAUGCGUGCUUUAAUUGUGGGAUUAGCGCGCGCGUUGCGAAUUUCAUAAACUCUCCAAGUAAAAGUGUCUUUAAUCUGCAUUUUUGUGCACCUUGUGCGACGUUCUCAUUAUUUAAUUUUUAUUUUUUUAUGCUACGUGUGUGAAUUUUGUGGAUUUAUUUAAAGAAAUAAAGAAGGAAUAAAGUGAUUGCGAUAGAGCGAAACAUUGUGAAAUACUUUAAUCACAAGAAUUAAUGUUAUGUGCUCAAAGUGUAGCACAUGAGUGUUAAAAAAAUAAUCAGGAGCUACGAGGAGAGCUAUCAGUUUCAUGGGACAUGGUCUCAAUAUUUAUCAAUUAUGCAACAAAUUUUACUAUGUAUAGCAUAAGAUAUCCUCAUUGCUAUAUAUGUACAACACGCACAUAACCCACUCAGUGAACUCAACUUUGUGUGAUAACUUUGCACAGCACUCGACAUUUCUCGUGCAUUGAGGGAUAUAUAUACAAUCUCCACGUUCGUCUUGAAGGAGGAAGAAUGUUCUCAAAGUCACAUUCCAUGAUAUGAAUAAUUUUGUGAAAAUUUACCCAACAUAUUUAUGGUGUUUCAGAUGAGAUUAUUUCAGUGAUUAUCCCACAUGGUGCGUGCAUUAAAUUAUUCUUCUGCUCUACAUUAUCACAAAUUAGCCACACAAUUUUACCUCCAUAAAUUCAUUCAAAAAAAGAAAAAGAAAAUUUAAAGAAGAAUAAAUAAUGUACAAGUGCAGUGUACGGACAAGGAUUGUUGUAGUACUUUCUUCACACAUACCGAGUGUGCAGCAAUGAUUUUAAUAAUUACAAAACACAUCUUCUUCGACGACGACAACUUCCUCAAGUGGAUGUAGUGCAAUUUAAUGGCAUAUUUAACACACAUGUGAAGUAACAAGAAAGAAAAGAAAAGAAACCACGCAUCCCAGUGGAUUUAUUGUGACAAUAUGGGAAUCAACAAUUUCCGACCUUGGAUUUUUGUCAUUGCACUUUUGAUUGAAUUCGUAGUCCAAGUUUCCUCAACUGGAAAAUUCGAAUUACAAAUCUUGGAAAUAUCCAAUAAAAAUAGCCAAUUGUUGACGGGAUAUUGUUGUGGAAUUCCAAUGGAAAUUAGAGCUUCACGAUUGAAUGGAUGCCCUCCCUGUGCCACUGCCUUUCGGCUAUGCUUAAAGGAAUAUCAAAGUUCACUCACAACUGUUAAAGGAUUACUAAAUGGAUGCUCCUUUGGGAAUGCCAGUACACCUGUUCUUGGUGGUUCAAGCUUUGUUCUCACCGAUCCCCAAAUCAGUUCGAUUGUUCUUCCAUUUUCUUUCCGUUGGACGAAAUCAUUUACAUUGAUAUUGCAAGCUUUGGAUUUGUACAAUAUAUCGUAUCCAGUUUCAGAGCGAUUAAUUGAAGAAACAACAUUCUCCGGUGUGAUAUUCCCAUCGCAAGAAUGGCAUACGCUCAAUCCCAAAGGGAAGAAUGCCAACAUCACCUACAGGGUACGCGUUCAGUGUGAUGAGAAUUACUACAAUACAACCUGCACGACGUUUUGUCGGCCGCGUAAUGAUACGUUUGGGCACUACACCUGCGGCGAGAAGGGAGAUAAAAUGUGCUUAAACGGCUGGCAAGGUGUCAACUGUGAGAAAGCAAUUUGCAAAUCCGGCUGUGACCCAACGCAUGGAAAGUGCGACAAUCCUGGGGAGUGCGAAUGCCGUCCUGGAUGGAGAGGUCCUCUCUGCUCCGAGUGCAUGGUCUAUCCCGGGUGUCGUCACGGAUACUGCAACGGCAGCCCCUGGCAGUGUAUUUGUGACACAAAUUGGGGUGGAAUCCUCUGUGACCAAGAUCUCAACUAUUGUGGCACUCAUGAGCCAUGUAUGCACGGUGGGACGUGCGAGAAUACAGCACCAGAUCAGUACAGAUGCACAUGUGCUGAAGGGCUCUCGGGGCUGCGAUGUGAAAUCGUGGAGCAUCCAUGUGCCACGCAGCCGUGCAAAAAUGGUGGCACGUGCACCCUUCGAGAUCCCACAAAAUACGAUGCAGCAAAGAAUUUGAGUGCUAUAAAAGAUUUAGUAGCAUCACCCACGGCGGUCACGGUGCGACGGAUGCGUGGUAUGAGCUCAAUGGGGAAACCCGCCCGCAGCAGAACAAUCGACAAGGAUCACGUGAGAGCACCACCAAUGAAUCUACCUGCACCCCCGGAUUUUAUAUGCACCUGUGCCCCAGGAUGGACGGGACCAAUGUGUGAAACGAAUAUUGAUGAGUGUGAAGGAGGACCCUGUGAACAUGGGGGCACAUGUAUUGACCUAGUGGGUGGAUUUCGAUGUGAAUGCCCACCUCAAUGGAGUGGUGACCUCUGUCAAACAGAUGUGGAUGAAUGCGAAUCAAAUCCAGCUUCAGCUCUUGGGCCGUGCAUUAAUGCCGAGGCGUGCGUUAAUACACCUGGUGCAUUUAGAUGUUUCUGCCUAGAUGGGUGGACAGGAACAACUUGUGCUAAAGACAUUGACGAUUGCAUUGGACAGUGCAAAAAUGGUGCAACCUGCAUUGAUUUGGUUAAUGACUACUACUGUGCCUGUGCUCUUGGAUAUACAGGACGAAAUUGCGAAAUGGACAUUGAUGAGUGCGUCAAUCUGCCUUGUAGAAAUGGUGGAGAAUGCGUUGAUAUGGUUGGAACUUUCAAGUGCAUCUGUCCAGUUGGAUAUUCCGGAACUCUCUGUGAGGAAGCAAAGGACUACUGCACACCAUCACCAUGCCUCGAGGGGCAGUGCCUCAAUACACCCGGCGGCUAUUACUGCCACUGUCCAGCAGGACGUUCAGGACGCCACUGUGAACUUCCCCGGGUAUCCUGCCAGAAUCCACCAUGUCACGAUUCUGGAUGUACACCACCGCAACUCAAUGGGACAGACUUAUCAAUUCCCUGCAGUGGCAAUGGGCAGUGUGAAACAUUUAUGAAUGGACCAUUUUGUGUGUGUCAACCAGGCUAUACGGGUCACUUUUGUGAGCACAAUCUCAAUGAGUGCACACCAAAUCCCUGCAGCAAUGGUGGCAUCUGCUUUGAUGGCGUCGGUGACUUCACAUGCGAAUGCCUACCAGGUUGGGCAGGCAAAACCUGCUCCGAGAGGAUAACACAGUGCAUGCCGGGUCAAUGCCUCAAUGGGGGCACAUGUGUCAUUACUCUAAGUAAUUCACAGUGUCUAUGUGCUAGCGGCUGGGGCGGUGCCUUCUGCACAGACCCCCUGGAUCAGUGUCAGGGUCAACCGUGUCACAACGGUGGGAAUUGCGAAUCAGGACCCGGGUGGUUUCGAUGCGUCUGCGCCACAGGAUUCUCAGGCCCGGAUUGUCGGAUUAAUGUAAAUGAAUGCUCACCCCAGCCAUGCUUGGGGGGUGCAACCUGUCAAGAUGGUAUUGGGGGUUUCACGUGUAUCUGCCCGCCAGGAAGGCAAGGGACACGAUGUGAAAUUUUGCUCUCAGAUCCAGCUUCCGUGUGCUAUAACUCAUCCACACUUUCACCCUACAACCCACUAAUCAUCUCACCGAUUGCGGAUGGUUCAGUGAACGGUACAAGAGAUGCUGUGGAUGAGACAAAGUGCAAUAGUUGCACGUGCGUCAAUGGGAAGCCAAAGUGCACAAAUAUUUGGUGUGGUCUACCCAAUUGCUCAAGAUCCACCAAAGCUAAUGCUUCCAUGAGUUGCAGCACGCACGAGGUAUGUGUACCAGCACUGGUGGAGACGUGCCUUGCUCCACCGUGUGAUGCACGUGGUGAUUGUCGAGCACUUGAACCAUCACGCCGUGUUGCUCCACCAAAGCUACCAACGUCCACAGACUGCUGGCCGAAUCAGGCUAUUUUGGGGGAACAAUGCUCACGCAUUACCAUCCUAAUGGAUCCUAAGCUAAUACCGCGGGGGACAACAGUGGAGGGCGUGUGCCUACGCCUUAGGAGACAUCUUGCCGAUAGACUGAUCAAAACACCACACCUAGAAGCAACAACGGCAUUCAUUGUUGUUCUCUGUGAUAUCAAAACCGGAAGCAAUGAUACGAUAGAAGUAACAUUGUCUUCUCCCCCUGGUGGAGCAGCAGGUUCCACAGCUAUAAAGGAAGCUGUAAAAAUUCUCGGGGAGAUCCUAUCGCGCCAGGGAACAAAUCUAAGUAGUGCCACCGCCGAAGCAGCUUCUUUUGUAUCCAUUGUGGAAGUUAAGGUUGAAACAGCCAUGAUAUCCAGUGAAUCAAGUAAUUCCAAUUACUUGGUUGCCGUAGCGUGUGGUAGUGCAAUAGCAGCCCUAUGUAUAGGUGCCAUAGUUACAUUAAUGCUCAAACAGAGAAUAUCCGGACAGAGUGGUUCGGGUGUUAGUCUAUCCGCUGCAACAGAUGCAAGUCGGCAUGAGGAGGAAAAAUCGAAUAAUUUGCAGAAUGAAGAGAAUUUCCGACGGUACGCUAACCCAUUGAAGGGAAGUUCGAGUUCCCUACGAGGUGCCAUGGAGUUGAGCCUAAAUCCAGCACCUGAGAUUGCGCCAGUAAGUAGUAUAGCGGGUCCAAGUGCCCACCAUCGAUCGCAACCGCUCUUCCCGGCGUGCGAUGCGGAUUUCAGCGAGAAGGAUACAGACAAUCCAAAUGGGCAUCGAGGAUCACAGAAUCUCCUGUUCAAAGCUCAAAAUCCCGAAGUGCGCAACAACACCGUGGGGACCUUUGACAAUUCCCACAAAGAUUUCGGGAAGAGAGCAAUAAAUUGUCAAGCUACAACUAAUAUCCUACCUCCGGACUCAGAUGGGCUCACAGUUCACGUCUGAUGGAGGGAGAUGCGGUAGCUCUGAUCCUAUACUCUAUGUUCAAAUAAAUCUUGCACUUAAGCUCCGCCCUUCAGAUAAGGACGUAAUGAAAUACAAAUAAAUAAGAAGAAGAGUGAAGUAUACGGAUAAGACUUAAAGAAUCAGAACUCUGAUUGGCUGAAAAAUUCUUUUGGAGUAUUUUUAUUUUUCAGUGCAAGGUUGAUUCGAACAGAGUGUACAUUUAGUUAGACACGUUUUUUUAAUAUUUGCCCACACGACUAUAAGAAUUUCUUUUGCAUAUUUUUGCCAAUCAAGUUGCCAUGACUUCCAUAUUUUUCCGCUGAAUUUUUUGAAUAAAAAUAUACAAAAUAAAACCUAUUUUUAUUAAAAAGAAAAACAUUUUGUAAAGAAAUUUAAAAAAAAGAAAGAAAUCCCGAGAAAACUGUUUAACGGAAAAGUGUGAUAUUAAAAAUAUUUUCUUAUGGAAGAAAACAUUCUAAUUAAAUUAUUGUAAAUAUAGAAAUGAAAAAAAGAACUAUGUAAUAAAUUAAAUUCUUUUUUAUUUUAAAAAUGUAGCAAUAAAAUAAGAAAACAAGCAAAAAAAAAACGAAUUUUAGAUGAAGAAAAAAAUAAAAUAGUAGGACAUAAUAAAAUUAAAAUAAUAACUGUAAAAUAGAUUUGCAAAUUGUAUUUAAAAAAAUGCUUGUGAUGAAUUUUAUGAAAUGAAACACUUUUAAAUUUAAAUAAAAAAUAGCCAUAUUUUAGUACUUAAAUGUUAUAUAGCUUUAAAACGCUACACACAUCACUGAACAGUAAAAAAUAGGAUUUUAUUGCACUUUUUUAGUAAUUCCCAUUAAUUGCAUUUUCUUCUUUUUCUCUUUAAUUAAUAGUUUUUAAUAAAAAGUUGUUUUCAUUCCCCGUGAAAAUCAUUAAUUUUUUUUUCUUUUGUAAACGAUGAUUGUUUUCAAGCAAGACAUAAAAGGAUUAUUUUCUUUAUGUAAAACAAUUUAAAAAAAAAAAAAGGUACAUAAGAAUCUCCCGAAGGACGCAAUUACAAGUGCAAAGUAUUCAAAUGAAUAGUUUUUUUUUUAUAUUAUUUAUAAUUGCAUUUAGAGACAAUAAAAGUUUUAUAUAUUAAACUCAAUGUAAUUCAGGAUUGUAUUUAUUUUCCACGAAAUCAAGUCUGAUAUAAAAAAAAAUGAAAAGUAAAUAAUGUGAAGUAUAAGGAAAUAAAACUGUAUUACCGCAUAUUUUAUGAAAUAAAAAUUUACAAAACAAA